AACACUAAAACUCCAAUACAAUAUACCAUCCAAAACUAUAUUUAUCAUACACUAACAAAAGCCCACCAGCAUCACCCACCAAAAACCCGAGAUAUUCCUCCUCUACAAACAAAUCAUGGGAGAGAAAGAGAAGAAGAUCAACAACAAAACCAAGAAGCAAAAACACCAACAUCCAAAUGACCAAACAACAAAAAAAGCGUCAGAAUUUUCCUUCAAGCCAAGCUCUGAAGUCAAAGGCCUACGCUUUGGAGGCCAGUUCGUCGUCAAAUCCUUCACAAUCCGUCGAGCAAGGCCGUUGGAGCUUUUCCAACUCCUCUCAUUCCCACCCAGCAAACCCAGCAAAGAUAAGCUUCCUUUUCCUUCCACCACAGCUUUUCUCCCCACAAACUUCACUAUCUUGGCGCACCAAGCUUGGCACACUCUCACAUUAGGCCUUGGCACCAAGAAGUCCAAGGUGGUUCUGUUCGUUUUCGAAACCGAGGCCAUGAAGACCGCCGUGGACCGCCUUUGGCAGCCGGAAAUCCCACUUGGGGAAGUGAACAAGCGGCUCAUCAGAGGGCUGAGUGGCUGUGAGAUGGCUAGGUUUAAAUUCAGAAAAGGGUGCAUUACUUUUUAUGUGUAUGCAGUCAGGCAAGUUGGAAACUUGGGUUUCUCAAGUGCUGAUGAUCUCAGAACAAUUUUGCAGUCUGUGGUGGCGCUUCAAGAUUUCUUGGAUCACACUGCUAUGCUUGCCAUGCCUAACCAGAGAACCAUUAGCUAUGCAAAUGCUCAUCCUGUGGCCAUGGCUCACUAGGAAAAUUUUCAUAUUUUAAACUUCUUUUUUCAUGAACGUUAUUAUCUUCUAUUAGGGUGUUAAUUUGCUUAAUUGGGUUUUGUUAUUAUGAUGGGGGAAAUUGGUUUAUUUGUUGAGGAUAUUAAAUCGUUAAUUUUGUUGGAAGCAAAUUGUGUAUUUUAGUAUGAAUAAAGAAUUCUGUUAUAGUGAAUUGAGCUUCCCUAUAUGUUCA